AGCUAGUUGAACUUCAGCCUCCAAUACUCUUAAAGUCAGACGUUUCCUCAAUAUAACUGGAGUAGAAACGGAUUUACUCGAAACAGAUGGGAGCUGUUGUUUCCAAAUCAGAAGCGUCACACAGCCAAGAUGAAAUUUAAAGUGAGGACCCUAAUUGUCCUGCUGUGUGUGACUGCUAUCUGUGUGUCUUGGAGAGGAUAUAUGUCAUUCUCCCUGCCUCAGGACGAAAGACUCUGUGCUUGUGAGCGAUGUUUAUCUGAAGAUGAUCCGUGGUUUAUGAAGCAUUUCAACAAAUCUGUUGAACCAUUUUUGUCAGCAAACUACAAUCUCUCUGAGGACACUUUCAACUGGUGGAAGCUCUUACGGGAUGCAAAGGGCAACUUCAGUAACUUCAGAGGAAAAGUGGAGAGGCUGUUUCUGAUGGUCCCACCAAGUCCAGAUGUUCUAGAAUCCAGCCCUGACCGCUGCAGGACUUGUGCUGUGGUGGGGAAUUCUGGUAAUUUGAAGAGAUCACAUUAUGGACCUCUCAUAGAUUUCCAUGAUGUCAUCAUAAGAGUGAACGCUGGUCAAAUCAAAGGCUAUGAAGCAGAUGUUGGGACCAGAACAACUCAUCGUUUCAUGUAUCCAGAGAGUUGUGUGGAUUUAGACAACACCACUCAUCUUGUGCUGGCUCCAUUUAAGACGAUUGAUUUUGACUGGCUCACAGGGGCCCUCACCACAGGAUUCAACGGAGGGAAAUUCCACCUUUUAUUCCACUCUCUCUCUCUUUUCUGCAUAGUGUCACACACCCUCAGACCGCAUUGGGCCGUAAGAUCAAAAAUCAAAGCUAACAAGGAUUUGGUGAUGGUCCUUAAUCCAGCUUUUAUGAGGUAUGUUCAUGACAUGUGGCUGGAAAAGAAGGGUUAUUACCCCUCCACUGGCUUUCUGGCUUUGGUUGUUGCCCUGCAUAUGUGUGACGAGGUCAGUGUGUUUGGUUAUGGAGCAGACAGUGAUGGAAACUGGAGUCAUUACUGGGAAAAACUCAGAAAGAAAAAUUUAAAAACUGGAGCACAUCCUGGAGAUACAGAGUAUAGAAUGAUCCAGAAGCUAGAUGAGCAACAGAAACUCAAGUUUUAUACAGGGUUCUGAUGUUUCUCUCAUUAUUUAAAGGAAGGUUAGUAGUAGGUAACUGUAGAAGAACAUGAAGGGCUGCAUUUUUUCCACCGUUAAGACGGUUAAGAUACCAAUCUUUGUGUUUUUGCACGUGUGUGUAAAUCUCCUGGGUUUGCUAGGCAGAUGCUACUUCUGAAGGAUUAUUUGCAUGUGGUAAUGACUGGAAGACACACUAUACAAUUACAGUAUGUGUUUACACUAUAGAUAGCCAACUAGUGUAGAAUGCAGAAGUUAUGAUUGGGACAAGUAUAAUAAAAGUUAGGGAUAAAAAGCUGUGUCAAAAUAUCUUCUUGUUUACCCUGAAUAAAUAAAGUUGGUGUAA